UACAACUCUUUGGUAUAGAGAGAGAGAGAGAGAGAGAGAGAGAGAGAGAUGAAAAGAAGAAGAGAAAUGGAGAAACAAUCUUCAUCGGAGUUAAGAUCCACCAUCGAUGAACUUUCUUUGUUAGCUGUCAUGAAGCUUAAACAUCAUCGUCAUCUUCAUCAUCAUAAUGAUCCUGUUAUUACAGAUGACCUGCCAAAUGACACUCAUAUCCCUACCAGACCCUUCCUUUCUGUCUGCAAUUUCCUUCUUCAUCUUCUUGAUAAGAUAGGGCCAACCAUGGCAGUUCUGAGACAAGACAUCCAUCGGAAUAUACUGAGACUGGAGAAAAUGCAAGAAUUAGACCCCGUGCUUUAUUCAAAUGUUGUGGAGAUACUAAAGAAAGAGGCAAGUGAAGGCACAUCAAGAAAGAUGAGUAGUUGUAGCAAAGCCUUUGUUUGGCUUACUAGAUCUUUGGACUUCACAUCGACUUUAUUGGACUUAAUCGGGAAAGAUCUUGGAGUGAACAUCGAACAAGCUGUUCAAGAAGCAUACGAAACCACUCUAAAACCAUGGCAUGGCUGGAUCUCUUCUACGGCUUACAGGGUAGCAUUGAAACUAGUUCCCGAUAACAAAACCUUGAUCGGGAUUCUCAUGUCAGAAACCGUAGACCAAGAAACUCUCAAAGAGGAAUUAAAAUCGUUUACAUCAUUGCUUGCAUCAUUUCUAAAUGAAUUACACACAAUUUUGGAAACCUAUAAGUUGCACAAGGUAAAAGCAACAUAAAGAGUGAUCAUGAGUGCAAAGAGAAGGCUUAAAAACAAAAACAAAAAUACUUUUAUGUAUAUGUAUAUGAUAGUUUCGAGGUUUUGAUAUGAUGUUGUUUGUCUAUGGCAACAAAUUUUUACAUUUUAGUGAUAUAUGUUGUCAUAGAUACCCUUUUCUCUACGGGUAAAAUACCAUAUUAGAUAGUGCAUAUGUAUGUAUGUUUGUGUAGUGUGUAUGUAUAUAUAUGUGUGUGUAUGUACAUAUAUUUUCUUAUAAUUUGAAAUUCCAUUAAAGUCCAA